CUUACCCGCCGUGCUCCGCGCAGCACACGCGGAAGUGGUUUCCUCUUGCUGACAAACCGGGCCUUUGUAGCCGUUCCUCCCGGCUGGCGACUACUACACAGAAUGGCAGGAGUGCGAGGGCCCAGGGAGAACCGGGCCGCCGCCAUGGCUGUGGAGCAGGACAUGUUCGACGCCGUCGUGAUGGCGGAUGAGAGAUUCCAUGGGGAGGGAUAUCAGGAAGGCUAUGAAGAAGGCAGCAGCUUGGGGAUUGUUGAAGGAAGGCAGUAUGGCACAUUACACGGAGCCAAAAUUGGAUCUGAGAUUGGGUGCUACCGUGGCUUUGCUCUUGCAUGGAAGUGUCUCCUACACAGUGGUGCAGGUGAGAAAGACAGCAGGAAGAUGAAGGUGGUGGAGGCGCUGAUCGCACUGCUGCAGCACUUCCCCUAUGAUGACCCCACUUACGAGAGGCUCCAUGAAGACCUGGACAGAAUCAGAGGGAAAUUCAGACAGCUAUGCUCACUGCUCAACGUGCAGCCAGACUUCAGGGUGACCGCGGGAGGCUCCAGACUUGCGUUUUGAGGACUCGGAAGAGCAGAUGUCUGCACAUAUAGUGUCAGAGCGAUUAAAGGCAGCCUGAGUGGCCCUCAUUGUUCCGUGAGAGGACCAGUGUGGCCUCUUCCCUAGGCUCUUGCUGGCUGGCUGGCUGAGAUAACACUACCCUGCCUUCUGCACAGGGUCCUGGCAGCACCCUCAAGAGAUUGCUCACUGCUGGUCAGAGUGAGUGGCUUUGUCAUCCCAGUGGUCCUGGGUUGGAUCACCCUGAGGGUAGGACUCAGGCAGGCUGAUGUAAAGGCGCUUAAUGGGGAGUGGCAGCAGGUUCUCUGCUGUGUGCUGGCCUCUGCUGACCGCACUUGGGCUUCCUUUGGUUCACUCCGCCCUUCUGGCAGUCCCAGAGGUGGGUGCCGUUCCACUUUAGAGGUGAUGAAGUAGACCCACCUAGUGUGACAGCCUGCCAGCAGAGCUGCCUGCUACCCCAGGUCCACGUCCUGCAGUGCCCCACACACUCAGUGCCUCUGCCUUGAGCAUAUGUUGUCAUUGCCUGCACCACUGGGACCCUGUCCUCUGCUGCAGAAGACCCAGAUUCCUGCAGUGUGUACAGGGUUCAGACUCCAUUGGGCUUAGUUUGCCUCUGGAUGCCAAGCUGAGAAGGCAAGGCCAGUCAGAUCCCUAGGAAGCCGAGGCAUGGCCUUCAUGCUGUCCCCAGGUGUGGGAUGAGCUCUACACAUUAAGAAGUGGCCGCGGGGGACUCCUGGGCACCAGAGCAGGACCAGAUGGUGACUGCCGCUGUGACUGUCAGGGGCUUGCCCGUGUGCCUCUGCUUCUUUAGCAGCAGCUUGGUGUUCACAGGCAGGUAUAAGGUGAGCUAGCAGGAAUAGGCUCAGUAUAUACCAUUUCACAGGCGUGGACACACAUGGCAGCAUGUGUUGAUAUGCCCUCCUUUGGGUGGCGCCAUUGUACCCUGACUGUCCCUACUUCAGUUUUAGGGCAUGAUGUGAAGGGGCCACCAUGGAUGUGUGCCACUUUGGUUUGGGUUCUUUUUUUUUUUUUAAUUUUUUUUUUUAGAAACAGAGUCUCACUGUAUAGCUCAAGCUAGCCUUGAAGGGUGAUCCUCCUGCCUCAGCCUUAUGAGUGCUGGGAUCUCAGGCCUGUGGCCCUAGGACACUGUUUUUAAUAUCAUUUCAUAGCAUCUUGAUAGAGUAGGUACAGCUGGAGCUCUUCCCUCAUUCCGUCAGCCCAGCCUAGCCAGAGAGGGAUGGUGCUGGUGCUUGAGGCCCGGGGUGCCACGCAUCUGGCUUCCCGAGCCUGGCAAUAGCCUCUCGGGAGUCUCACACUGUUCUCCAGCUGCUCCCAGGAUCAGGUGCCCUUCAGUGAGCUUCUCUGGGUGCUGAGUUCAGAGAGCUGUGGCUGCUGUUUUGAUCAUAAUUUACUUUUCUAUUUGGAGAAAAGAAUAAAUAAUGUGUUUUACAGCGACAGUCUGGUAUCAUUGUACUGACAGCUGCUGCAGUCCUCCAGCACCAAGAUGCUGAGGUGUUAGGAUCUCUGUUCAGAGAUGUGGGCCCAGCAUUCCUGCCACAUUCUGCCCUGGAUUUGCUACCAAAGGUAGCAGUUACUAGUUCCUCUCUUGUCUCUGCCCCCUUUCCCUCUCAACUCUUUGUCUGUUCCUCCAUUCCCCUUACCUUGUAGAUAGGUGUUAGAGUUCCCACCUGUCAGCAUUGCCACAGCCACCUGUCUGAUACCUCCUGUGUUCUCAAGGGCCCCAUCCAAUCCCCAGCACGCUUUGGUUACCCCAAAAGGUCUUCUGGAUCACAGUAUAGACAGUGCAGAGGAACAUUCUGUCAUGUGGGUGUGUCCCUCUCCCCCCGUUGAGAUGGCUGUGUCUGCUGUGAAAGGUAACAUGGUCAUGAGAAGGAUGCUACUUCUAAAUGUCAUCCCGCGCAGGUGAUACUCGGAACUGCCAUAGGCAACCCCAGGGAGCUGCGGUGAAGCUGCACCUCAGUGUGGUAGAGUGGCACCUGUGGAACGUGUGUCCUUAAUGUCACUACUGAGCUGUGAGCUAGUGCCCUGCCUUCUCAGACCAUGUCCUGUGAGCUCUAAGUGUCUCCACUGCUGGACUGUUUUCUGUCCCUCGUCUUACCGUGUUCUGGCUGGCUCUAUGGCAGAGUGGCCUCGCUUUGAUGCCAUCCCUUAUGAGUGGCAGUGUGUCACAUGCCGGAGGCCAGAGGUGUCUGGAUUGGCUCCUCCUAAGUCUCUCUGCUGAACCUGCUGCCUGUGUCUCCUGCACAACUGUGUCCUGACUGAACAGGGACUACCAGUGAUCUCAUUCUCCCUCAUCCCUCAGUCACCUACAGAUUUAUCUGCAGUCACAGGGCAGGGCUUGUGACCGCCAGCUCGGCAGGAUCUGGAAUCACCUAGGAGACACACCUCUGUGGAUGGCUGUGAGGGUGUUUCCAGAGAGGCUUAGCUGAGGAGGGAAGACCCACCCUGAGUGUGCUCUGUCCCAUGAACUGGAGAAAGCAUGCUGGGCGCCAGCAUACAUGUCUCUCUGCCUCCAGGCUGGAUAUAAUGUGACCGUCUGCCUCGGGCUCCUGUUGCCAUGCCUCCCCACCCUGAUAACUGCCACCUUAUUAACUGUGGCCCAAUAAACCCCUUCAUCCUUUAAA